AUGCGUGCGGAGGAUUCCUGUGCGGGAGACGAGUGGGGGCGAGCCAAGCCGACUUCGCGGGAGCACCGAUCUCAACGGCCCAUCCAGUCUUGUGAUGGGCUUUGCACUUCAAUUCAAUGUCCGCUAGACGAGCAAGGCGUGUACGCGGAAUUCGACGUUGGGAAGCUGUACGUCUACGGCGUGUCGCUGCUGAUCGGGUUCAUCGGCUACUCGAGCCAGAUAUUUGUGUUCUGGAACUACCUGGGCGGCUUUUCGCCCAAGACCGUGGCCGUACUGGGCAUAUUCAACAUUUUGCUCCACCUGCUCUUCUACAACUACUAUCUGGCAGUGUCUGUUCCGCCGGGCCACGUUCCAAUCGGCUGGGAGCCGCCGCGCGACGGCGCCAACGUCUACGAGCUGAAGCGCGACACGCUGAAGCCGCGGUAUUGUCGGAUCUGCAAGGGAUACAAACCGCCGCGCACGCACCACUGCUCGGACUGCGAUAGAUGUGUACUGAAAAUGGACCACCACUGCCCGUGGACCAACAACUGCGUCGGGUUCUACAACCAGCCGCAUUUUUUGCGGUUCGUGUAUACGGUUGACGUCACCUGUGCUAUGGCCUUGGCGAUCCACACGCUGCGCAUGUACGAGCUGGUGCUCGACUCGAUGAACGGCACGUACUAUGUGCGGCAGCCGACGCAGACCGAGGUGGCAUUCCUGAUCAUCAACAUGACGCUGCUGUUCUUUGUGCUGCUGUUUGUUGGCAUUCUGAGCGGCUACCACCUGUAUUUGGUCGGCGGCAACACAACCACGAUCGAGGCCCGUGAGAAGGAGCGCGUCGCAAAACUGGUCCAGAGCCGCAAGUGCCAGCCGACGCCAUACCCUUACAACCUGGGCAUUGUGCGCAACUUCAAGUCGGUGUUUGGCGACAGCCCCUUGCUGUGGUGGGUGCCAAAGCAACUGUCAGGCACUGGCCUAGACUUUGCCAUCCGCGACGGCCUGAAGCCGCCUGUUUACUGGCCACCACCAGGAUACAACCGUGAGGUCGGUGAUCCGCUCAAGGUCAAGCAGGGCUGCGAUUCGUCGCGGACCGUGUUCCAGAACGACGGCGUCAAGGUGAUUUCUGAAAUUGACGACGACGGCGAGAUGGUGAUUCGCCAGUACAACAGGACGCAGGAUCCGGCCGCGCUGGAGUGUGGUGGUGAGGUCGGCAACAACAAACAGAACGGAGGCAUGCUGACCGGCUUCUUCGACAGCGGUCGUGACGACAAGAGCGAGGGCGAGGAUCCUGGAUCUUUUGAUGAGAGCUCGGACAGCGACGACGACAUGGAGAACCUUCCCCAACAGCGUCAAGAACAUCUAUGA